ACACAUGUUCUGAACUGUAUGUAUAUGCCUCUCCUUACAAUAAUAAUCCAUCCUCUCUCUCUCUCUCUCCCAAACCCAUACGCUUAUCUGAGUUAUCACAUACUGCUAUCUCACUUCCUAUAUUAACACUCACCGCCAUACUGCAAUCUCUCUCCCUCUCUCAACUGCAAUCUCUCUCUGAGCUGCUCUCUUCCUCUCUCUCUCUCUGAACUGCAAUCUCUCUCUCAGUUAAGAUACUUCUUACUGCUAAACUGCACGGAAAUCAAAGAUAUGAAGGAUUUUGAGCUGUUUUAUCUCUAGUUGCACAGUUUAAUUAGCUGAAAAUAAAGUGAAAUGGCGGUGGAAUAUAGGUGUUGCGAGACAGGCUUUUUUGUACAUAUAGGAAUAGUAGUGGUUUUAGUUUGCUUUGCUGGUAUGAUGUCUGGACUCACGCUAGGUCUCAUGUCUAUGAGUCUCGUUGAUCUCGAAGUUCUCGCCAAGUCUGGGACUCCUACUGAUCGCAUACACGCCGCAAAGAUUUUACCAGUUGUCAGAAAUCAGCAUUUAUUGCUAUGCACCUUGCUUAUCUGCAAUGCUGCUGCUAUGGAGGCACUUCCUAUUUUUCUGGAUGGUCUUGUAACAGCUUGGGGUGCCAUCUUGAUUUCAGUGACAUUGAUACUCCUUUUUGGUGAGAUCAUACCGCAAUCUGUUUGUUCAAGAUAUGGACUGGCUAUCGGUGCAGCUGUGGCACCAUUUGUUCGAGUUCUUGUUUGCAUUUGUUUUCCUGUUGCAUAUCCAAUUAGCAAGCUAUUGGACUACCUCCUUGGACACGGGCAUGUUGCUCUCUUCCGUAGAGCUGAGUUAAAAACCCUGGUUGAUUUGCAUGGUAACGAGGCAGGAAAAGGCGGAGAACUUACACACGAUGAAACGACAAUUAUUGCCGGAGCACUAGAACUCAGUGAGAAAACUGCUAGCGAUGCCAUGACUCCUAUAUCUGACACAUUUGCAAUUGAUAUUAAUGCCAGGCUUGACAGGGAAUUGAUGAAUUUGAUUUUGGAGAAAGGCCAUAGCAGAGUGCCAGUCUACUAUGAGCAACCAACAAAUAUAAUUGGACUUAUACUGGCAAAGAACUUGCUGACUAUACAUCCCGAAGACAAAGUACCUGUGAAGAAUGUUACCAUCCGCAGGAUCCCAAGGGUUCCAGAGACCUUACCACUAUAUGACAUUCUGAAUGAGUUCCAGAAAGGUCACAGCCACAUGGCUGUUGUUGUAAGACAGUGUGUCAAGGCAGAGAGUUAUGCUGUAAAUGAAAGCCCUACUAACAUGAAGGAUGUGAAAAUAGAUGUUGAUGGUGAGAAACCGCCUUUAGAAAAAAGUUUGAAGACAAAAAGAUCACUCCAGAAAUGGAAGAGUUUCCCGAACAGCGGAAACAAUUCAUUCAAGGGGAGCAGAAGCAAGAAGUGGACAAAGGACAUGUACUGUGACAUCUUGCAAAUAGAUGGAAGCCCACUACCGAAACUUCCUGAAGAAGAAGAAGCUGUUGGCAUAAUUACAAUGGAAGACGUAAUUGAAGAGCUUUUACAGGAGGAGAUUUUUGACGAGACAGAUCAUCAUUUCGAAGAUUCAUGACAUUUUAUUGGCUGAUGUAAUUGUAUAAGUUUGUGUUUCUACUCCCACUUGAGGCUUAUAUAGAGUUAGUACUUGUAACAUGAGCUUAUCUGGAAUUACUGGGAAAAGGAGUGCUGAGACCAGACAAUUAUCUAUAAGCAUUUCUGUCUAAACUUUUGUGCUCCAGAAUUUACCGAAGUUUAAAGUUGAUAUACAACUAGAACACUCAAUUUGCUAAA